UAUAAUUUAGUAACCAACCAUUUCGAAGUUCUCAACACCAACUACUAUCUAUAAAAGCAAAAGAAGAAAAGUAAUGGAAUUAUAGAUAAAAGGUGGAAGAAUUGUUGAUAUAUCUUCAAUUACAUUAUAUUGCAUUACAGAAAUUAGGGGGAAAAAAUGAAAAUGGACGUAUCGGAGCGUUUGGGUGCGUUUCGUUUCGGUAUCGACGAAGCGUAUCGGCCUCUCCCUUCUCUCUACUUGACCUUCAUGUCGAUCUGGUUCGUCUUAGCUUCUUCUUGGACCUUCAACACUUACAAAAACCGCCAUUUUCAGACGAAUAAUUUGCAGUGGUCGCUUACAUCUGUGCCAUUGAUUAAAGCCUUGCAGCUCACUCUGUCCUUCCUGUUCUGGUAUUCAUGCUUUAAUCUUCACAUAUGUUCCCUGUGGAUGUCAUUUGGGGUUUAUGUAACCGGAGUGCUCUUCCAGACUGCUUCUUUUGUGUCCUUUUUUCUCAUUUCUCAUGGGUACUGCAUCACGUGUGAGCGCCUUUCGGUACCUGAGCGCCGUACUACAGCUGCACUUGGGUGUGUCUUCUACUUGACUCUUGUUGGUUACAGAGCUUCUGUACCUUAUUUCUCUGUCCUUCUGUUGCUUAACUAUUUUAUAUCGUUCUAUAUGAUAUUCCACUAUAUAUCUCAGAAUUUAUUAAUUCUACGGGAACAAUUAAGUUUUAUUGAGGAUGAGGAUGUCGAUGCAAUGCAUGAUGCAGUUUAUACGAAAUACAUUAUGCUCAAAAAAUUUCGAGGUGCAAUGCAGAUGGUAGCAGUGGCAGAAACUGCGAUAUACAUUAACAUGGAUAAUUCAUUGGAAACUUAUUGGCUUCGGUUAUUUGUUCGGGAAUGGGCACAAUUCUGCAUAUUUUUAUACAUCGGAUGGACUUUCAGAUCACAGGAUCUAGCACCACGUUUCUCUGUCAUGCCUACUGUAAAGUCUAAAGGAGAGACGAUGGUGCCUCCCAUCUAUAGCAUUGAAAUGGAUGCAGCAGUAUUUAAAGAGUUUAAUAGCCAUGAGUGGCACAUUGGAGUGCCAACUUCUUCUUCUCUUGAUGCAAGCUUUAAGGAUUCCAUUCUAGUAGUAAUACAGCACCCUCAUGCAUAUAAACCGACCACAAUCAGCACUACCCCACCUAGGCCAGCUGGUGUGGCUUCUUCUAUCCCAGAUGUCAGCUCAGAUUCACUUCUCUAUUGUCAUGAACAAAGCAAUCUUUAGGAUGAAUGCCGGGAAAAUGCUGGCUUACAUCUAUCCAUUAGCGGUAAGAUGGAUCUGUUGUUCAAAAAAUUUCAGCUCCAAAUUUUUAAUUGCCAAUAUAUGAUUAUGUAUUCGAGAUCAAUCAAUGAUAACUGUAUAUUCUUCUCCCUGUUCUAAUUUUACUAUUGAUUUUCCUUUUCAA